CUGAUGGGUGUCCACAAAGACAACCGCAGAUAUCGACUACCAAUCCAUACGCACGACACGGAGAACCUGAUUAUUCCCGACGAGUUUGACUCCCGAACCCAAUGGCCUAACUGUCCGUCCAUUAGUGAAGUGAGAGACCAGGGAUCUUGUGGCUCGUGCUGGGCGUUCGGCGCCGUGGAGGCCAUGUCUGACCGCAUAUGUAUUGCAUCGAAGGGCCAGACGGUGGUGGAGGUGUCGGCCGAGGAUCUGGUGUCAUGCUGUCACUCGUGUGGGUUCGGGUGUUCGGGGGGUUUCCCGGGCGCCGCCUGGAGUUAUUGGGUCGGCACGGGUCUGGUGUCGGGCGGACUCUACAACAGCCAUAAGGGGUGUCAGCCCUAUGUGAUCGCCGCCUGUGAACACCACACGACCGGUAAACUCAAGCCCUGCGGAGAUAUUGUGCCGACCCCCAAAUGUGUACACCUGUGCGAAACGGGCUAUAAUGUGAGCUACAGUCAGGACAAGCAUUACGGGGCCAAAGCUUACGGCAUCGGUAGUAACCCGACUCAGAUCCAGGCGGAGCUCAUGGCUAACGGGCCCGUCGAGGCUGACUUCACCGUCUACUCCGACUUUGUUACCUAUAAAUCAGGCGUUUAUCAGAGACACAGCUCCCAGGAGUUGGGCGGACACGCCAUCCGGAUCCUCGGGUGGGGCGUCGAGAAUAGCGUUCCCUAUUGGUUGGCGGCUAACUCGUGGAACUCUGACUGGGGUGACCAGGGUUAUUUCAAGAUCCUCAGGGGUCGUGAUGAGUGCGGUAUCGAAAGCGAUAUUAACGCCGGUUUACCCAAAGUUUAAGAGUUUUACGAUAUUUUAAUAGAUUUAUGAUUACAAUUAGGGGCUAUUCAAUAAGGACGUGCACUAAACAUAAAUUUGUUGUACUUUACGUACUUAUUGAAUGAUUAAUUAUCAAGUGAUUUGUUAAUAUUUUAUUGAAUUAAUGAUAG